AAGUGGAAAGAAAGAGAGUUGAUUGAAGGAGGUUGUGAGUCAUGUGAACAGAGCAGCAGCAGCAGAGAGAGAGAGAGAAGGAGUCCAACCCAAUUCAUCAAAUAGCAUCCCAAUUGGCAAUUGCCACAACACAAGAUCAAAUCUAGCAUGGCCGAAGUAGCAGUAUCAACCGUCGUAACCAAACUAACAGAACUACUACUCGAGCAAGCAAGUGCAUCGGUCUCACAACUCACCGGAGUAAAACACCAAGUCGAAUCUCUCAAACAACAAUUAUCCUUCAUGCAAUCUUUCCUACGUGAUGCCGAUUCAAAACAACAAUUCAACGAAGGUGUUCGUAUCUGGGUUUCAUACAUCCGCGAUGUCGCUUUCCAAGCCGAAGAAAUCAUCGAAACACACAUCUACCACUCCACAGUUCAAACCAAUUUCAACAAACUCUUCACUCCCUUCCAUCUCUACAAACUCAGUACAAGAAUCGACAAGAUCCUUAACAAAAUCAAACACAUUUCCGCCUCACGCGAAAUGUACGGCGUCGUUAUGAGCACCAACCGUGACGGUGAUAGCGAGAGUUUGCGUCAUUGGAGACAGCCUUCGCCUUUUUCAGAAGAAGAGUUUGUUGUUGAAGUUAAAGAAGAUUUUGAUUCAAUUUUGACGCAGUUGGUUACCUUAGAGCCAAUACGACACGUCGUUUCUAUUGUUGGUAUGGGUGGUUUGGGGAAAACGACAUUAGCUAAGAAACUUUAUAAUGAUAGUAGAAUUGCUAACCAUUUUGAAUGUAAAGCUUGGGUUUAUGUUUCUGAAGAGUAUAGAAGGAAAGAUGUUUUGCAAGGGAUUCUUAGAGGUGUUGAUGCUCUUGGAAGAGAUGAAAUGGAUAAGUUACCUGAGGAAGAAUUGGUGAAUAAACUUCACAAUGUGUUGGCUGAGAAAAGGUAUUUGGUUGUGCUUGAUGAUGUUUGGGCUAUGGAAGUUUGGGAUGGUCUUAAAUAUGCUUUUCCUAGAAGGAAAUUAGGGAGUAAGAUAUUGCUUACAACUAGGAUAUGGGAGGUUGCUUUACAUGCUGAUGGACAUAGUCAUCCUCAUCAGAUAAGGCCAUUGAAUCAAGACGAGAGUUUCGCGUUGCUUCGAAGCAAAGCGUUUCCGGGAGCAAAUGUGAUACCGUCUGAGUUUGAGAAUCUUGCUAAGGAGAUUGUGGUGAAAUGUGAAGGUUUGCCACUUGCCGUUGUUGUGGUUGGUGGUUUGUUGUCUAGGAAAUUGAAGUCAAGUGGGGAAUGGACUAGAGAGUUGCAGAAUAUCAGAGGAGAUUUGUUGGAAGAUCAAGAGAAGAUAACAAGAAUUUUGGCAUUGAGCUACAAUGAUUUGCCUUCUGCAUUGAAAUCUUGUUUUCUCUAUUUGGGUCUUUUCCCAAAGGGUAUGAAUAUUCAGACAAAAAAAUUGAUUAGGCUAUGGGUUGCUGAAGGUUUUUUACCUCAAGAAGGUGGGGAAACUGCAGAAGAUGUUGCUCAGAGAUACUUGAAUGAGUUGAUUGGUAGGUGUAUGAUUCAAGUUGGAAUGGUGAGUUCAUUGGGAAGAGUUAAGACAAUUCGCAUCCACGAUCUUCUUAGAGAGCUUUCAGUCUACAAAGCUAAGGAGGAGUAUUUUGGUGAUAUGGCAAGCUCAUCAUCGACGUCUCAGCUAACUAAAUCACGGCGGCAUUCUAUACAUUCUUGCCAUGAACGGUAUGAUUUCUUCAAACACAUUGCGGGCUAUUCGCGUUCACUGCUGUUCUUCAAUAGAGAAUAUAAUGCGGAUAUAGACAAGAAAAUAUGGAUUCAUCUGAGAUUUCUGCAAGAAAAGAAAUUGAAUUUCAUCUACACUGAAUUUAAGCUCCUUAGGGUGUUAGAAUUAGACGGUGUUCGGUUAGUUAGCUUGCCAAGUACUAUAGGGGACCUGAUUCAAUUAAGGUAUCUAGGAUUGAGGAAGACUAAUCUCGAAGGAAAACUUCCGCUUUCCAUUGGAAACUUGCUAAACCUACAAACACUUGAUUUAAGGUUUUGUUGUUUUCUUAAGAAAAUACCAAAUGUAAUUUGGAAGUUGGUGAACUUGAGACAUUUGCUUUUGUAUACACCAUUUCAUUCUCCAGAUAGCGGUCAUCUACGGUUGGAUACAUUAACCAAUCUACAAAGUCUACCAUAUAUUGAGGCUGGAAACUGGAUAACAGAUGGUGGUUUAGCAAAUAUGCGCAGUCUUAGGAAACUUGGGAUAAAUGGAUUAUCAGGACAAAUGGUGACUUCUGUUCUUUCUACUAUACAAGGAUUAAGCAACCUUCAUUCACUCUCAAUAUCACUUCAAUCUGAAGAGGAUGAAUUUCCAAUCUUUAUGCAGUUGUCUCAGUGCAUAAAUCUUCAGAAGCUGUCUUUGAAUGGAAAAAUCAAGAAGCUACCUGAUCCACACGAGUUCCCGCCAAAUCUUUUAAAACUAACUUUACAUAAUUCCCACCUACAAAAGGAGUCCAUUGCCAAACUCGAGAGGUUGCCAAAACUUAAAAUGCUUGUUUUGGGUAAAGGGGCAUACAAUUGGCCAGAAUUAAGCUUCAAUGCUGAAGGGUUUUCACAAUUGCAUGUUUUGCGGCUCAUUCAUUUAAAAGAAUUGGAGGAAUGGAAAGUUGAGGAAAAGGCAGUACCAAUGCUUGAGUGCAUGGUUAUUGAUCGGUGUGAGAAGCUGCGAAGGAUUCCAGAAGGACUGAAGGAUAUCGCUUCUUUGAAGAAAUUGAAAAUUACUGGCAUGCCAGUAGAUUUUGAAUAUAGACUUCGAACUAAAGAUUUGCUUGAGUUCAAAAUUACUCCAGUUAUCGAAUCGACAACAGACAUUUUAGCAAUUGAUUGAUUGCCGGCACAAUAUUGUUGGUGAUAGGAACUUUCAUCGGAGGAAUGGAAGCAUUUUCAAGUUAUUGUAACAGCAUGCGGUCUUCAUUUUGUUUUGACAAUGUACAUGCUGCUCUGAUGAGCCUUUCCACUUCUCCUAUGAUCAAAGAGUUUUACUCCCUUUUAUUAAUUGGGAAUGAAUUCCAACAAAGGUUGUCAUAACCUAUGGAGCUCGUUGUGAGUAUUAAUGCGGUUUGCUAUAAUAGAGCACAUCAGGUACAUUCCCUCACUAUAUUGAGGAGCUUCAAAAACCUUAGCCUAGGCAACAUGACCACAGCUCCACAUGUUUCAUUCCUAUUAUUUAUUAUUGUUGCAUCCAAUUAUUAUGUGCACAGUAAUUGAUAUUUGUAUAUUCUCUCAACUUAUAUUCAAUGCACAGAGAUUGAGCACUGUCUA